AUCAAUCUUAUCGUUGCCAAAUUUAUGACUCUUUCAAACUGUGCUGGGGGGUUUGGAUUCAGCCUGGAACCAUUCUAAGGGGCAGUGAAAUUUGGGAUGGGACAGCUACUGGUUCAGGUUUUACUGGUCACGUUGGUGGCACUUGCUGGGUUUACUGAUGGCCAGGUUCACCCAGAUAUCGCGGAAGAUGCCUACUUGGAUUCGCUAGGCUUGCUGCGAAAGUACGGUUACCCCGCCGAAGAACAUAUCCUAGAGACUGACGAUGGCUACCUGCUGGGACUGCACAGGUGUCCGGGCAGUCCGGUAUCUCCACCAGCUCCCGGAAAGCCCGUAGUCCUGCUGCAGCAUGGCAUGUUGAGCUCGUCCGCCGACUACAUCCUGAUGGGACCGCAGACCAGUCUGGUGUACAUGCUGGCCGACGCUGGUUACGAUGUCUGGUUGGGAAAUUCCCGUGGAAAUCGGUACUCGAACCGCCAUCGAUCCCGGAACAACGAAACCCAGCAGUUCUGGGACUUUUCGUGGCACGAGGUCGGCUCGAUCGAUGUGCCCAACAUGAUCGACUUCAUCUUGGCAAGAACCGGUCAAUCGGCACUCCAGUACGUUGGUCAUUCACAGGGAACCACCGUGUUCUGGGUCAUGAUGUCCCAGCAUCCGUACUACAAUCAACGGGUCAAGAGUGCCCACUUGUUAGCUCCGGCAGCCUACAUGCACCACACCCGUAGUCCGUACGUGAUCUUCCUGGCGACCUACCUUCACACCACGGAGUUGAUGCUGGAAAUGAUGGGCACGUACUACUUCGCACCGACCUCCGAGAUGGACAUCCAGGGCGGUAUUGAUCGUUGUCGAGACGGAGCUCCGUAUCAGCAGAUGUGUGCCAUUACGACCUUCCUCAUGGCUGGCUUCAACUCGCAAGAGGUCAACUACACCAUGCUUCCGGUCAUGCACGGUCACUCCCCGGCGGGAGCUUGCCACGCGCAAACGGUGCGAUCGCGAAUCUUCCGGCAGUUUGAUCACGGUCCAACCAUGAACAUGAUCCGGUACGGCUCCAUCACACCACCCAACUACAACCUGCAGAACGUCCAAGCUCCCACCCUGCUCUACCACAGCACGAACGACUGGUUGGCCGGCCCGGAAGAUGUCCUCCUGCUCGCUGGACAACUGCCGAACGUUCGCAAGCGCUACCUGGUCCCCCUUCCGGCCUUUAACCACAUGGACUUUGUUUGGGCCAUCAACGUAAGGUCACUGCUGUACGAUGAACUGCUGGCCGAUUUACGGGCUUACGUUUGAAAUUUGAAAUAUUUCAUCUGACUUUUGUCAAACGAAAUAUUUCAAGACUUUGGAAAACAAAUAAAUCAAACACAUU